UCAGAAAUGUCGGCCAUCUGAUGGGUAACCCUGUUUCCAUGGACAAUCAUUUGAUUUUCAGCCAUUCAAUUUCAAGCCCCCAUGCAGGACAAUGCCUUUUUCUUCUUCUUCUUCUUUAUCUCGCCCUGAUUUCUCAUAAUCGUCGUCGAAUAGCAGUAACCAAAUUACAUAUAUACAGCUCUAAAAGAGGAGGAGAAAGGAACAAAAAUGAAGAAUUCCGCCAUGUCUUGCAAGUUGUUUUUCCUAUCGGCACUCCUCCUUGGCCUCAGUUUCAUCGCCGCCCCGACCACCGCCGCCCGCCCCAGCCUACACCUCCAGCUCCACCGUAUUCAGAAAAUAUCCAAGCUUUCCGGUGAUCCCCUCGUUAAAGCUGCGUGUGCGGGAACCGCUGAAUUCGAGCCGGAAUGCGUAUCCACCCUGCAAUCGGCGCCGCCGCACCAGAGGGCUGAUGGCGAUGCCCUAGCUUUCUUCGCCCUAAGGUUUGUAGAAGAUCACGCAGUUAACAUUACUACAGACAUCAAGAAAUUCCUCGCAGUUCCGGACCUGGCCCCACUGCUUCAAUCGGCUUUAAGCGAUUGCAUGGAUCAAUACAAUCCACUCGAUGACUUAAUCGAGGACGCAAUAAACGCCAUUCUAGCAAAGGCUUAUUCUGAUGCCGAACAAUUCAUUGAUGCUGCAAUCACUGAUAUUAAUCAGUGUGAUGCGCAGCUCAAAGCCCACAAUUCGGAGGAGAAAGCCGAGAAUAAAACAGGGGAAGAUGUUCAGUUGGCCAAGAAUUUGACAGAAUUCAACCUCUUCCUCAAGAAAAUGCUGUCUGCUGCUAUGAACAUUCUUAAAUCUAAUUAAGGUACAUACACUCUGUUGUUGAUCAACAUGUUACAUAUACACUUUCUAUGAUGUUUUUUUUAAUAUAUGUAUUAGUUGUCCUGUUGGACUAAAGUAACUGAUUUGUCAGUUUUGUAUCAUUUCAUACUUUAUGGUAUGAUAGUAGUGCACUAGUGAUGUAUGAUAUUAUCACAAGGUUAUAUAAUCUAAUUUUGAUUAAUAUUUUUCUUAG